AUGGUAUCGCCAUCAGGAACUCCAGUAGCUGGACCGUCCAUUCGCACCAGUACUGGAAGUGCGAGCCGUUCCAUCACCCAUCACCAAAACAACCAAACUCAAAAGCUCCCGGACACCAACAUUGAAAACUCAUCGAAGUCAUCGCACCAUGACACUCCUCCUUCAGGUCCCCGUAAACCCUUCAACCGCUCCUGGCGCUUCUGGGCCAUCAUCCUCUCCCUCUCUAUCAUGGCUCUAUGCGGCACCGUCGAAGCCACGAUCAUAAUCAACGCCCUGCCGACAAUCGUCGCAGACCUCGGCGGCGGGAGUGCGUACCUUUGGAUCCCAAAUGCCUUUCUUUUGGCCUCGGUUGCGGUGCUGCCGCUAUACUCUCAACUGAGCGAUAUCUUCGGUCGACGAUAUCUGCUCCUCGGAGCUGUGUCCUUGUUCAUCCUUGGGUCUGGACUGUGUGGUGCUGCCAGCUCGAUGGGAAUGCUCAUUGCUGCGAGGGCGGUUGCUGGCUUGGGUAGUGGUGGAAUUGAGAUGUUGGUUGAGACAGUGGUGACUGAUCUCGUUCCGCUGCGAGAGAGAUCUAAGUAUGAGUCGCUUGUCUUGACGGGCAGCUUGGUUGGGUGCACGAUCGGUCCGUUCUUGGGAGGUGUCAUUGUGGUCAAACUUGGCUGGCGAUGGAUCUUCUAUUUGAACGUCAUACUUGGAGGAGCCUCGCUACUUAUGCUCUUCGUCUUCCUCAAGGUCAAGCAUCGACGCAACCAGACUCUCAUUUCUCGCCUAAAGCGCAUCGACAUCGGCGGCAAUGCCAUCUUCAUCGGUUCUGUGGUGGCUGUGCUACUUGCUCUGACCUGGGGAGGCCCCGUGUAUCGAUGGGACAGCUUCCGAAUCGUCCUGCCUCUCGUGCUUGGCUUACUCGGACUCUUCGUCUUCACUGCAUUCGAGUGGACUCCCAAGCUGGCGCCAGAGCCUUCCUUCCCACGAGCUUUGCUGUCGAAUCGAACGUCCGCUGCGGCUCUUAUGCAGUCCUUCAUUCUGUCGAUCCUGACAUUCUGCUUCUUACCAGUCUACUUCCAAGGUAUUCUCGGAAAAUCACCCCUCGGCUCUGGCAUAGCCAUCGUGCCCAUCUCGGCCUGCGUCGUGCCCUUCUGCAUCGUCGGCGGCGUUGCACUCUCCAAAUUUGGACGUUACAAGCCCAUCCACUUCAUCUCAUGGGCGAUCCUCAUCGUCGGUCUCGGGCUGUGUAGUCUCCUUGACCGCAAUUCGAGCACCGCCGCAUGGGCUUGCUUUGAGAUCGUAUGCUCUGCUGGAAUCGGCUUGGUCACUCCAACGCUUCUGCCUGCAGUUCAGGCACCACUAGAAGAGCGAUAUGUCGCGACGUCAACGGGAUUGUGGAGUGUCACUCGUGGGUUCGGAUCGAUUUGGGGCGUGACAAUCCCCAGCGUCAUCUUCACAAACGAGGUCCGUCGAUACUCAGAUUCUAUCAACGACGUCAGCAUCGCCGAACGUCUUGCAAAUGGCCAGGCCUACGAGUUGGCCACGAAGGCUUUCUUGGACAGUAUCGCGGACGAGACCGUUCGCGACCAAGUCAUCAGUGUCUUUACACGGGCGAUUAAGACAGUUUGGUAUGUUGGUAUUGCAGUCGCAGGCUUGGGCCUGUUGGUGGUGUUCGUGCAAAGGGAGGUAAAGCUACGACAGGAGAUGCCCGAGACGGAGUUUGGGAUGGACGAUGGUAGACCUGCAUCUAGGACUGCGGCGACUGAUGAGAUCCCGCUCGAGGACCUGACAGCUCGGCGAUAUGAGUGA